AGGGUUGGGGCAGUGUUUGCGACAGUGAGUGGAAGAAACGCCCGCCGCAGGCGUCUUUUGCGACGGAGGCGCGCGAAGCGCCCAAAUGCACUUUGCGACACCCAUCGCGCGGCGCCCGGGACCCACCCCUUGCCGGGGGAAAAGACGUAUCCGAGUGUUCGCGUCCACAGCACGGGUCGUGGCUUCCCGUCACAGACACGCUUUAGAGCGGGACGGACAAAAGCCCGCGGUACAAAGCCACGUCUCCGUCCUCCGGGAGGCCGGCACCGGAAAUGUCGCAAUCCACCCACGCAUCACAGCCCUCCUCGGCCUGGUCCCGCACCUCCUGCCGCCCGCCACCUCCCCGCCCCACCCCGCACCCUGGGCAUCGCACCCCUGCAGUGAGCUGACGGUGUAGGGGGGACCGCGGGGGGGGGGAAGCCCGCGGCGGGUCAGGACCAACUUGAGCUCCGAGUCCAGGAGACCCUUGGAUUUUAAAAACCCCUCACACCGAGCCCCAGAGACACCCCGGCGGGCCAUGUCAAAGGCACCGGGGCUGCAAACGCCCGGAGGUCACCGGAGCGCGCCCGGCAGAACCCGCCGAGGACGCCGCCGAAGCUGGAGGCGCCUCGGGCUAUGACGUCACAAGGCUCCGCGCCCCCCGGCCCGGCCCCUUGGCUGUGAUUGGCUGAUUCGGAGCAGGGCGGUGAUGGAGCAGGGCGGGAACAAAUCACAGAGACAAAGAGAGCCUCUGGGUGUGACGAUUGGGGACGGGCGUGCGGAGGGGCUCCCGGGCUGAGGUCCUCCCGUCGAUAGCCUUGGGUUCACCUGCUCCAGCGCCCCGGAGCCCCGCGGCCCAGGCGGAGGCGGUCCAGGCUGACCCCGAGCCCCCAGCGCCCCGCCCACCGCGGUGGGGGCAGGGCCGAGGGGCGGGGCUAUGUGGAGCCGGGCGGCCCGGCGGAGCAAUUGAAGCGGCGGCUACCGACCGACCGAGUGGGGAGCCAUGGAGAAGCCGGAGCCUCUCGCAUCCGUUAGCGGCCUCAGUGCGGAAUCCCCUCGGGGGGUUCCUAGGGCAAUACCUGGAGGUGUCAGAGGUAUACCCGCUGACACCGGACUGCCCCCCGGGGUAGCCUUGUUUCGCGCUGCUGGCCCCCUCUCGCAUCCCGGGGGCAUUGUCAUCCGCAGUCCUGGGCCCAUCCGGCACUCUGAAGAGGCAGUGACCCUCAGUUCCGGACCCUGUCCCCAACUCGGGGAGGUUGCAGGCAGUAGUCUUGGGUCCAGCAAAUCCUCUGGCGCAGCUAGGGGGUCCAUCCCUGGGCCGGGGGAGUCCAAAGUGUACAGUUCGGAGAGUAGUCCACAGUCCGGGCCAACUUUUUUGCACUCUCAAAACUUUGAGGAGCGGCCCCGGAGCAUCCUAAAAAACAGCAGCUCCAUCUUGAUGAAGAAGACCUCCAGUGGGGAGAAGAAGUCUCAGCGCUGGGAUGAAAUGAACAUCUUGGCCACCUACCACCCUGCUGACAAAGACUAUGGCUUUAUGAAGGCGGAUGAGCCCAGCACCCCCUACCACAGGCUGCAAGACAAUGAUGAGGACCUGUCUGCCGGGUCUUCUCCCACGGUGACCCCUGAAUCACUGUCAGAGAGGUUUGCCACAAUGGACAAUUUCCUUCCCAAGGUCCUCCAGUAUGGAGAUAACAAAAACUCCAAGACUGCAGACACCUUUGCCAAGACACACUCCAGUGAUUUUGACAAGCACCGAAAGAUACAUUACAAUGAAGGGAAGUUCCUGAAGACCCUGAAAAGCCUGCCCUUGACCAAUGAGGACGAUAGCAGCGGGACAAGUGCCAGCAUCAGCAGCAGCAGUCAGAGCGGGCUGACGGACCCGAAGCCCAGGCCUGCCGAGAAAGGCUGGCCAGGAAGGCUGGCCCCAGGAGUCAAAAAUGACACUGUCCUGGUGACUGACAGCCGUGGCCUAGACGCCAAUGAUUCUGCUGCUUUCAGAAACCAGUUCCCCGCAGCGUCAGACUCGGCCAUCAGGGAGCAGACUGCCCUGCAGCGAAAGGAGUAUUACAGUCAAGGAAGGUACCUGAGGUCCUGUUCCCACCCGGAGAUCGGAGAGGCUAUGGAAGACGAAGAGAUGAACAAUGAUACCUUGCGGCUCCAGUGGACUCAGGAAAAAGAACCUAGACCGUGGAAAAUGUAGCCAGCUAAGGACGGGGGGAGGGCAGCCCUCCCCUGCCCUUACCACUCUACUAGUGGACAAUAAAGAGAACAUCAGGAA